AAAAUUUUAAACGUAUAUUUUUAGAUACAUUUACUUAAUUUCUUUGGAACAAGCGUGGGUGUUUGGAGGAACUUUUUUUAUACUUUGGUGUGGACUCAAAUAACACCGUAGAGAAAAUCUCAAGUUUUGAAAUUACACAAAAAACGACGAGACAAGUAAACUUAAUGUUGGGUCGUAGAUUAUGCAACUGUAUACUGAUAUCCAGAUCAGGCAUUGUUCUCACCGAAGGCUGUCACCAACACCAAGCGCAACUCAACGUUUUGUGCUGCCUUAACUCUGAAAUUACUAAAGGUGUUCGUUUUGGUCUUAAGGGCAGAAUGAGAGAGAAAAAAUUUGGAUGAAUUUUUGAAAAAGAAAAAAAUAUCUAAGCAAUAUAAUGAAAUGCAAUUAUAGACAGAAGAACAAACAAAGCAAAACAAACGAACAAAUAUUUUCAAGUACCAAAUGCAACUAUAUUCCAUUGAAUGGAAAAACAACAACAACAACCACAACAACAAGAGAAAUACUUAGGUGCUGUGUUUUAUACAAACGUUCUAAAUAAUUCACAUACAUAUAGUAUAACUGCAAAACAUAAACAUUAAAAGUUAGCUAAUUAUUGAUUUUAAUUGUAAAAUUUUGCUCCAAAAAAAGAAGCAACCAAUCGAAUUCUUCCAUUACCAAACGCGUGUAAAAUUAAAGUUAAGCCAUUUUUUGCGGCCGCCAUUUCCACGUCGUCGCCGAUUAAUUAAUUGCAUAGCAGUGCCAGCAACUGUUGCGUAGCGAGUAGCGCGAUACGUUCAGAGCUACCCGAUUCAUUUUCAGCAAUAUUUCCAAAAACAACAAAUAAAUAAAAUAACGUAUGCUUAAGAAAAAAGUGAAAUAAAUAUGUCGUUCGAAAAAUUUGCAAAUCUAUUAACUUAUGUAUAAAAAAAAACUAUUCAAUAAUAAAAAGUGUGAAAUUUAAACUGCAAUCAUUUAGAACUUAAAUUAGUAGUAUAUACAAAUGUAUGUAUUUUUCGAUAUUCGUCAGCGCAUAUUAAAUAAUUACUAGAGCAGUGUCUAGAUCCAGCUUAACACAUACAUGCAUACAUAUGUAUAUGUACAUAUUAGACUGCUUCGAACGAAACUUGUACUCUUUAACAAAGUGUUGUGAAUUGCGAUUAAAAUAAGAUAUUAAAUUAACAUUAUUAAUAAUAGAAAAAAAAAAAACGAUUACAUAAAAUGUUUUUAAAUUUACCGAACCAAAAAUCAUAACGAGUAGUUUCGACAAGUCUUAACGAAAAUUAAAGUUAAAAUUAAAAAGUAAUAAUUUAAAUAAAAAAAUUUACUAAGUAGUGAAUAUAAUCUCAUCGAGCUUAAGGAUAUUACCAAUGAACCGCACAACAGCGCCUAAUGCAAAUAACAACAAUUGGAGAAAUAGUGUUACGACAACAAAUGCAAUUAUAACGAAUAAAAAGCAAAAAACAAAUAAAGCACCGAAAAAAAAACCAAAAACUUUUAAUAAGUACGAAAAUUCACUAAAAAGACGAAGCACGCGAAAUAAAUAAAGUUUUCCUCAACCUUAACCCUGCACGCGCCGUUGAGAAGCGUAGAUUGCAGCACCUAACCUCUGAGCAAAUAUCUUCAUCUCUACCAAGAAUAACUGCACAAUCAGACAUAUGUACACGCGUCUGACUUUGUGAUCGCAUGUGUGUGCGUGUGAGUAGGUUGUGUAGCACACUUGUAGCACACAAUUUGCCCAAGUACAGCCGUGUAAUAUUUGGCCUAUGUCCAAAUAGGCUUUUUUGAUUGCAGCACUUUGCCCUUAGAAGAAACUCGAACUAGCGUUGAAAUGUAGAAGUGCCAAUGCGCUAAGACAACAUAACUACAGGAACUACGAACGACGAACGACGUACGCGACCAACGACGACCUUCGCGUGCUGGCAAUACCCCGCCCUUUGCAUUGAAGUUGAAGUUGAAGGACGUCAACGGCCUAUCAAACGUAUCACAGCCCGUAUAAGGCAAUCGGCGCAGGUAUUAUUGAGGCACCGGAAACCGAAUUGCCGUGCAAGUGCACCGUCAGACUGCUGGCUAUUUACAUAAAUCCAAUAUGAAAGCGUCAUGAGUGAAUCCAAGGAUAUACAAAAAUGCAGGAAAUGAGUUACCUGCAAGAUAAUUCCAAAUUGGAGGCACUUACCAAGGCUGUACUCAUCUCCAUUCUAGGUGUUGCCAUAGUCAUCUCGAAUCUUCUCAUUAUAGCCACUUAUGCAAAUUUCAAAGGUCCCACAGAGGUCAUCAAUUAUUACCUUCUCUCGCUGGCAGUAGCGGAUCUGCUAUGCGGACUACUGGUUGUGCCGUUCUCAGUGUAUCCAGCGUUGACCGGCGAAUGGAUGUACGGCGACAUCGUAUGCCGAUUCACGGGCUACCUGGAGGUGACGCUAUGGGCCGUCUCCGUAUACACAUUCAUGUGGAUCUCGGUGGACCGAUAUUUGGCCGUCCGGAAGCCGCUACGCUAUGAAACUGUACAGACGAAAACCAGAUGUCAAUGCUGGAUGGUGUUCACAUGGAUCUCAGCCGCUCUGCUUUGCUGUCCGCCAAUACUGGGUUACACGAAGCCCAUAGCGAAUAAUGUGACACACAUUUGCAUGCUCGACUGGGGCAAUAUGGCUGCGUACAGUGCGACACUGGCGAUUUUAGUUUUAGGUCCUAGCGUUAUAUCCAUAGUACAUAAUUAUGGUUAUAUAUUUGUAAUGAUCCGAAAACUGAAAUCGGGUGAACCCAUACAUGACAAAGAAUAUGCAACCGCAUUAGCAGAAAAUUUAUCGAAUCCUAGUCAUAUGAUGUCAUUCGUAUUAGUGUUUGCAUUCUGGAUGUCGUGGUUGCCAUGGAUGCUGUUGCGCUUCUACGAAGUGGUGACCGGUGAUGUUAUCCAAAGUACUCUUAUUCAUUUUAUGGUCGUCUGGAUUGGCGUGCUGAAUUCAUUUUGGAAAAUCGUCAUUAUGACCAGUAUGUCGCCGCAAUUUCGCAUCGCACUUAGAGUAUUUUGUUUAACAAUUUGCUGUAAGACUAAGGGCCGUUUGCAAGCAGAACUAAUCGGAUUGGACCCAGAUGACUAGAGUCGUUAGAUUUUCCACCGUAUGAACGGUUAAAUUAACUUUCACAAUUGGCUUACUUUUCAUCACUUUCCAUUCGAAGCAUACAACAUGUUUUUGCUUUUGUUAUUGGUAUUGGUAUUGGCCCGCUAUUGCGAUAUGGUCAAGAUAUAUAUAUAUAUAUAUAUACUCAAUAGUUGUUGAGAAUGACUUUAGAAAUAUGUAAAUGAUAUACAUAUGUAUGUACAUUUGUACAUUGGUAUGUGCAUGUCGAUAUGUACAAAAACGAAUGUACAAGUAUCUAACUACAGAUUCGGAUACCUGUUAGGAGAAGAAAAUGAUGUUUAAUGUAACUCAAAUGUGAAAUUUUGUUUAAACAAAUAGCCAAGUCUGCGAAAGACUUGGUAGCAGUGUUGGUCACGAGCCCAUUAUCGAUAUAUGUAGUACUCCUAUGUAUGUAUGUACGCCAAAAUUUAUACAAACAGACAUACAUAUGCACAUUAGGGUGUCCCAGAAUAUUUUUUUUUUGCGAAAUUUUUAAGUUUUUCCUUUUGGUCUAAAUAAUGUAUCUAUGGAUGCAUGCAUGUAUGUACACCAUACCGACUAGAAGUUGAAUUUUUAGCUAAGAACUUGAAAGUUAUUGUUAGAUGACUAGAUACACCGUGCCAGUAUACUAUAUGUACUUCCAAUUUAUGGAACAUUUUGACAUUUGGCCGAUAUGAUAGCGCUCAAUCGUAAUAAAUCAACGUUUGCGGAUACCCAACAUCCUUUUACAGUUCAAAUAUUUUUAAAGAAUAUUUUCUAUUUUUUAUACCCGAACUUUGUUUCAAUCUAUACAUAUUCAUAUCACCGAAAAUCAAGGAGUCCCAUGACCCGUACCAAAAUCAGUAUGGCUGGGGGCUUACCGUACUGGUUCCUGCUCCAAAAGUGGAACGAAAUGGCUAGGGUAGCCUGAAACGUAAACACCGAGCACUUUGUGCCUGGCGUAGUAUGUUUACCAUCCAGCGAAAAAAAGUCUGAUUAGGUUGAUGUUUUACCGCUAUUCGUCGCCUUGCCACCCCACAAGGAAUAUUGGGCAGAUUUCAAUCAAUAAUUCCCGAUUUCGACGACUAGCGUUGUAAGGGAGCACCAGUAACGGUUGUUUCCCUUGCUGGAGAAUUGUUACAAGUUGAUAUACGUUGAUUAGACCAAAAGAAAAAAAAAACAUGUAUGAUAUUUCCCUAACGUACACACUUGCAUACAUUCAUACGUACAUAUUUAUACUUAUGGCUGCAUAUGAGACCGUACAAGCAAACAAAAAAAGUUUACCGUACACCCCUCAGUCUAAAAAGUGUUUGCAAGGCAAUGGCGUAUAUACAUUUUUCGGUGAUACCUCAAUUCAGGUAUUAAAAAUUGUUUUUCAAAAUAGGAGUACACCUGGAAAAGGUUUUUAGUUAUAAUUACUAACCAAAUAAUGUAGUUGGAUAUGGCGAAAUAAAUAUUUAGUCUGCGAAAGUCUGCAAUUUUUACUUGAGCCUUUUAGUUGAGAGAAAUGUAUAUGUAUUUGCAAACAAUUACGAAAUCACAAUAGGGGUAUUCCCGAUCCGUUGCAUACUG